GUCACUUUGUCCGGUUCACUUCUUCUGACGUCGCGCUGUACAGACAAAGUUACCCGUGCGUGUGUGUCUAUCAGAAGCUAACUUACUAUGUGUUUUGUGCCGUUAGGAAGUGAAAGUGUGAGUGUUCGCUUUUCGACCCGUUAACUUCCAAGAUGGGAUUUUCCCCCAAUCUCCAGAGCCGAGCAGGCCAUGAAGCCCUUCUGUGCAGACAGGAUGCGGAGCUUCGACUCUUGGAGACUAUGAGGAGAUGCCUCUCCAGCAAGGUAAAGUGCGACAGAGAUUACUGCACAGCCCUCUCCGCGAUCACGACCCAGGGGCAGAAGGUGGAGAGAGGAGAUGAAGGGUACCUGACGGGAAGUCUUGUAGCUCAAGCCUGGAAAGGAAUUCUCGAGGAGGUGGAAAACGCUGCCAAACUGGUCAAGACCAACGCCGAUGUCGUCGAGAAGGAGACGCUGGAGAAGCUGAACACCCUGUACAUCGAGAAACGCAAGGCGAGGAAGAGCUAUCAGGAUGAUCACAUCAGGAUCUCACUACAGAUGUCCAAUAUAGCUGAAGAUGUAACCAAAAAGAAGGCUGAGUACCAGAAACAAUUGGAGAAUUAUAGACUGAUGCGCUCUAGGUUUGAGGAACACUAUGUCAAAUCUAGUUCUAAAGAUGAAGAUAGAAUAUCUUCCCACAGAGCAGCAUUUUGUGGUAUUUCUGGAAGAGGAGGGCGCAAACUAGACGAUGUGAGAGACAAGUACCAGAGGGCGUGCCGCAAACUGCAUCUAGUUCACAAUGAGUACGUGCUGCUCCUAGUGGAGGCUGAAGAGAAUGAGAAACACUUCCGUACGAGUCUGUUGCCUGCGUUGCUGCAUCAGCAUCAAGCCAAUCAAGAGCUCUUCGUCAAGUCUUGGAGAAAUAUAAUGAGGGAGAUUUCACGACUGUGGAACUUUGCGUCCCGGGAAUUUGCUGAAAUCAACAGCAGAGUAGAGGCACAUGUCGAGUCCAUCAAACCAGCAGAAGAAUACAAAGACUUUUCUGAGAGGCAUAAAUCUCUACCUACUGAAGCAGUCAGAUUCACUUUUGACAGUACUCUCGUAGAAGACACCAGCGGGAAAUUGCAGCCGAACCAACUGACAGUGGACAACCUAACAAUAGAAUCCGUCCAAGCCAAAAUGGCCGACCUUGAAUCCAGGUUGAAGGAAGUAAAGGAGCGAAAGGCAUUAUGCAACCAAGAGUCUAGUGAGUUGACAAUAAACGGUCUUAUGUGUGAGGAAUGUUUGCUGAGUAGACAACUGGACGUGAUACACAAGGCCUUCAACGAGUUAGGCUGUGAGGAACCUCCGGUCGGCUGUGAUUUGCCCCUCGACCAUAGCUUUGAGAACGGAAACAUCGCGGAUAAUCAGCUGAAUGAUGUGAGUCCAAUGAAGCGCAGCUCCUUACCCCACCAGACACAAUCUUCCACCAACUCGCUUGUGGACAUGUUGCGUAAGCCGUUCCGUCGCAAGUCCGUCCCGAGCUCCCCGACGGCCCGUCGUCCUUCCGUUCCGAUCUCCGGUGUAGGUUGUGAUAAUGAUCUCGUUAUCAGUAACCUUGAACCUCAACCUACCUCACUAAUUGUACCUGAUUUGUCUCUUACCCAUUCUGUUAGCCUGCAUUCGCUUAACAUGAUAGGCUCAACACGGUCGCUGGUUGAAGAGGAAUGGUUCCACGGAGUUUUGCCGAGAGAGGAAGUCGUACGGCUGCUGACAAGGGAGGGGGAUUUCCUUGUACGAGAGACGACACGCAACGCUGAACACGAGAUGGUGUUGAGUGUUUGCUGGGGAGGGUUUAGCCGACAUUUUAUCGUCCAAACAACGCAGGAGGGCCACUAUCGGUUUGAAGGCCCAGCGUUUGCUACGGUCCAAGAGCUUAUCAUGUACCAGUGGCAGAGUGGUCUGCCGGUUACCAGUCGAUCUGGGGCUAUCCUUCGUCAACCUAUAGCUCGAGAGUUGUGGGAACUCAACAACGACGAUGUACUUUUGCUGGACAAGAUUGGCAGGGGAAACUUUGGUGAUGUAUAUAAGGCAAGGCUGCGCACCACAGGGCAAGAGGUUGCGGUCAAAACGUGUAGAGUCACGGUUCCAGACGAACACAAACGCAAGUUCCUUCAGGAAGGUCGAAUACUGAAGCAAUACGACCACCCAAACAUCGUAAAACUGAUAGGCAUCUGUGUCCAGAAACAGCCUAUAAUGAUAGUCAUGGAGUUGGUUGUAGGUGGAUCUCUACUGACUUUUCUGCGCAACAAUUCCUCUAGUCUUACGCAGAAGCAGUUACUCUUCAUGUGCAGGGAUACAGCAGCUGGCAUGCGAUACUUGGAGAGCAAGAACUGCAUCCAUCGAGACCUAGCUGCUCGGAACUGUUUAGUUGGAGCUGAUAAUGUCGUCAAGAUCUCAGACUUCGGAAUGUCAAGAGAGGAAGAAGAAUAUAUCGUGUCUGAUGGAAUGAAGCAGAUACCUAUAAAAUGGACGGCACCAGAAGCAUUGAAUUUUGGUAAAUACACCAGUUUGUGCGACGUAUGGAGUUAUGGAGUUUUAAUGUGGGAGAUUUUCGCCAAGGGAGGAACUCCAUAUCCAGGAUACUCCAACUCCAAAGCCAGAGAGAAAAUCGAUCAAGGUUAUCGAAUGCCAGCCCCUGAAGGAACCCCAGAUGAAAUUUACCAGCUCAUGCUGUGCUGUUGGGAGUACCAGCCUGAAAACCGUCCACACUUCGACAGAAUCUUCACCAUUGUGGAGAAAAUCUGCUAUGGUUCCACAUAGCAUCGGCUGAGGGGAGCGGAUCACUGGAAACACAGGGUUUUUCAGUGUAACCUGUAAUGUGAUGUUCCAGCUAGCUCCUCUUUAUCUACUGAGUUCAAAAAGGUACUAAAACGGAUGUGAUCAGUUUUUUUACAAAGACUUUUACAUACAAAACUUACUACCUAUCCCUUAUAAAAUAACCAUUUUAAGCUUUAACUUAUUGUAUUCUAUUUAUUGCCAUACUAGUGCCAUAUGAUUUUACCGUAGAUUUCAAGUCAUUUUGUUAGUAGGUUUGGUAGAGCGAUGGAAAUUUCAAACGAGUCUAUUCAGUUAGUUGUAUGAGUGCUUUUAGAUUAUGGUUCUUUAUGAAAUAUUGUGGUAAUUUACAAUAAGCUAAUAUAACCACUUAUCUAAAUAUUUAUACGAUGUAUUUUAGUUGAUGAAAAUUCAAUGUAGUGUUUACAAAUCAUAUAGAAUUUUGUAUUGGUCCGCAAAAAUCAAUUGUUAUUCAAAUAUGUUAAUUAAAUUAUAUCUCAAGUACCUAACAUUAUAUGUAUGUUCAACAAGUAUAUUAUUGAGUACUACUGUUUAUCCAAUAAUAUAUAAUAAAAUAGUGAAUUUUCAUUUUGAAGCCUUAGUUUAGUAGGUUUGAUAGAGAGGUGGAAAUUAUAAAUAAAUAAUUACUUGAGGACCAUAACUUUAUACGUAUCCUUAGCCAGUAUAUUGAUUAUUACUGUUUAUAAAAAAAUAAUGUACUUUAGAAAAUUAUUAUCUCUGUACAAAAGAGUACCAAACCCAAACCCCAAAAAAUUACAUUUUUGGAACACUUGGCUUCAAUUUUAAAUGUACUUUUAAACAAAUUUCGAAUUUCAGGAAAACUGUUUAUUUUUUAAGUGAUAAGCGGUCAAUUUGUAUAUCAUGUCAAAUUAUUUGUACCAUCCAAAAAAUAACAAUUCAUGCCUUUGAGUUCAGAACAAACUGGGGGUCAUUGUUUGGGUAGUUUCAAUGUAUAAUUUUGUUAAGAAGCAGUUCAAAACCAUUCUACUAUAUUUUACCCCCAAAAUUUUAAGACUUUUUUUUAAAUGGAAUUUUUACCAAGUCACUAGUCAAAUGACAUCCGUGACUGACUAGCAUUUUGUCAUUGUCUAAAUGUUAAGUGUGAAAAAUCCAAAUAGAACAACUCAAUUAAUUAUACAACCAAUUUCCUUUUUGUGAACUAUUUUUACCAGGACCAGAUUUUAUACAAUGCAAAUUAACAAUGUACUUUUUGGAACAUAUUCUUUUGCGAUAUUUCGUAGCCUUAUAAUGCAAUAUUCACCCCUUAUAGAUUCUAUAGUAACGUUGUCCUUUAGCACUUCAACAUUUUUAAUUUACUAUGUGCUAUUAAAUAUUCUCUCAUCCGUUACUAAUCAUCUACGUUAACAAAUUUUUAUCAUGUAACUCGUUACCAUUAAAUCAUUUAUUGAGUGUUUACUGUAUAUAUGUAGUAACUUGAGUAGCAUUAUUAUGUUCUCAUUUAGUUAAGAUAUUGUAUAAAGUAUUUAAGAUAGCCAUAUUUAUUUUUACAUAGAAGUAUCUCUUUGAAUUAAUGUUGAAUUUAAUUUUAAUAUUUUUACAGUACACUCCCGAUUAACCGAGGUUGUUAGGACCGAGACUACAUCGGUUACUGAGAAUCUCAGAUAACGUGGUCUUUUAGAUUUUGAGGUUAGCGGUUACGGUACCACAUUAAGAAGUCAUAGACUUGUAAAAUGUUUGUUUUAAUAAUUCACAGUGAAUCAAAGAUGAUAAAUCGAUUUUUUCAUGGAAACAUUUUUUUUAAUAAGGCAGUUUUAUUAAAUAAACAAUAAUCCAAACAUGCUCAACACUUCUUAAAUUGUCUUGAAAAACUCUAAUUCAAACUCCUCGUAUUAACAAAAACACAGUACAGUAGAUCUUUCUAGUUUAUAAAAAACUUGUCAAUAAAACACAAUGUGGUAAAUCUUUCUAGUUUAUAAAAGUAUAAAACUACUUUUUCUUUGAGUUUGGCCUGAAUUACUUGACACAAUCGUCAUUAUCCAAACAUUGUUAUAUGACAAAGACUGGCAAUAGGCGAUGCAAGCAGGCAAUGCCCGAUCGGAAUAUAAUCUUAGCUCAGAUAACUAGGGCUCGGGUAAUCAAGAGUGUACUGUAACCUUUUAUGCAAGAAUAAAAUUGGAAGUGUGUAAGAACACAUGAUCCUUUUUUCCUGAAAAGUUUUUUAAGAAGUCUGUUGAAUACUUUUUCAGUGCAAUGUCUUUCUAUAAUCGUGUUGUUUUAUCAUAUUUAUAGUUAUUGUUAAUGUUGAUUUGAGUCAUUGUAAAUUUAAGAUUUUUAAGUGAUUAAAUUUCCAUGUAUUACUGUA